CGCUCAAACUACUUCCGUGUUUGUCCGGAAGCACGCGUACUGUCCGUAAAAUGUACUAAUCGGAAACGCUCUGUCCCAUUGUUUGAGUAGUAUAAACGAAAGGUCGUCAUAAUUUAGCUAUUAUUUGAAUGCCGACUAUUAUGAACAUCCAGCAGUUUCCGAAAUAAAUUAGAUUCAGGACCAACUAACGAUCUAAACAUAGCCCAAAAUGUCAGAGACACACAAUAAUGUUGGUUUAACUCAGUCUGACGCCCUGACUGACGAAAUAUCAGCAGGUCACAUCGUCCUGGAAAGGUCUCCUCCCGAUUAUGUGAAGAAAAUAUCGCAGUACCUCGAGCGCUCGGCGGGACCGAGUAGCCAAAAUGGAAAACCUGAAGUGCCCCCUGAAGUCGACAGUGACUCGGGGGACAGCCUAUUUAUAACACAGUUGCCUGUGCCUCAGCCCAUGAGAACAGUCAGACGCCGGAAAUCAUCACGACACUCUUUUACCACCGAGCUGGAGGACAGUGAGGGGGACAUUUCGUCCUCUCAGAGUGAUGCCGCUGACCAUGAGACAAGCAGAAAGAAGAGAAAGAAAAGAAAGAUAACACUCCCAAAAUACAACUUCUCUUUUCUCACGGAAAGGAAAUGGAAGUCCAGAUGCACAAAUUUAACCAGCAAACAGAAUCUAAAAUUUCAUAAUAAUGUGAUGGGGGGCUUCUUUAAAUGUGUCGAGUUGUGGCAGCGAGCAGAGGAUUUAUAUGAAGGUCAACCAACAGUUGACCAAGAUGAUGAGGACAUAUUGCCCUUGACGGAAGAUGAAGGAGAAGACAAAUCUGGUGACGAAGACAUCAAAGUGGUGGAAAAAAAACGUUUUCUGGCAAAAUCCAAAAUCAAGUGGCAGCAAGCCUGGCACACACCACUACCAAGUACCAAGCAACAUGAGGAGGAAGAAGGAGCCGUUACUCAAGAAAGGGAGAAAACAGAUCAAAUAUCAAGUGAGGUGCCCACGUCCAGUAUGGCUUUGGCGAAAGACAAAAACGAUGAACCACUCAGAAUCAAGUUGGUGCAAACCCGAACACUGAGACGCAAGAGGACUCUUUUCCCCGAAGACGCAGCAGAACCUGUUGAUGCGGAAACUACACCCACGACUGCAACACCCAUAACCUUGGAAUGCACAGAUGACACUGCACAAGCACCACAGGCUUAUGAUGAGCUGGUUCUUCAUGGAAACAAAAUGUCCAAUUUUUCACAUGUUACAAACACUCAGCCGACAGAAGAUGAUAACGCAGAAGCCAGCGUCGUCGCCUCGGUAAAAAUGAAAGAAAAUAAGAGACAAGAAGUGCUGGUUAACUUGGAGCUUGACCACAGCGUACAAGAAGAUGCCAAGUCUUCCCUCAGUCGAGAUGAGCUGACAGAGAAAAACAAGCUAAGAGAGGUUGAAGACGACUCCUGUGUAGUCAGCGAACCUCUCAGUGAUGAGAGGCAGUUGAAAAAGAAGAAAAAAAAGAAAUCGCAUCAGGAACCAAGGACUCUAGACACUCUUGCAGCUUCUCAAAAAACUGCAAAAAGACAAUGUAACAAGUUUCCUGAAGAUGACGUUGGUGAUAAAAGUGAAGAAAAGAUGUCUUCCUGUCUAUCUGAGGGAGGAGACACAUUCAAAAGAAGUGACGACAACGACGUGCAACCGGUUAGCAAGAAAAAGAAGAAAAAAAAAUCACGCACAACGAUCCCACCAAUCGACGAGUUUGUGUGUGGACUGGCCAACAAAAACGAUCGGACCUCUUCCUUCCUUGAUGCUGAUGUGGAGGAAAGCAGUGCUGCUUUAGAGGCAGAAUUACACCAUGCGCUCAAGAAAAAGAGAAAGAAAAAGUCGUCCGGCCACCGCAGCACAGAAGAUUUUGUGGGCGCAUCGUCUCACUCUGCUUUGCCCGUUAAGGUGGUCUCGGAAAGUAAAAAGAAGCGUCCAGACAGUCAAGUUGUGACUCUUGUGGAGAGAAACGAAAGCACAGCUGGUUCUGCGUUUUUGAAACCCGAUGAGGGCCAGGUAAAGAAGAAGCCGAAAGAUCAAGCGCAAUUCGGAGAGCUCAAUUUACCACUUAAUCAAGCUCAUCAUGCUGACGAUGCUACGUCUAAUGAAGCACCGGGCAUGCCCGAAGAUGAGGAAGCACCGGAUAUGGCCGAAGAUGACACAGUAAAUUAUUUAAAAGACAGGAAGAGGAGGAAGAAGAAGAAGAAGGAGAGAGAAAAACUGCUUACAAGUAAGGCUGAACUUGAGGAGGACUUGAUGUGUGAUGACGGCGUUCAACACAAAAAGAGAAAGAACGACAGACAUUCACUCACACCCAAUCUCACCCCUGUGACAUCAGAGACUGAUUCCCUGUUUCAAUUGUCCCCAUCAGAUAGUGUCAAGAAAAAGAAGCACAAAAAGAGUGGCCUCACACGCCAUCUGUAUCGUUAACGAGAGGGUUUCUUUUAAAUGUGGUGGGGGAGGGGGGGUUCUCCCCAAUAUUGAUCGUUUUGAUUGGUAUGGAUUCAAUGCCAUUCAAAAAUAAACUCACCUUCAACAAAU